AGACAUUUGUACAUUCGUUACUGCAUGUUGGACAUCGACAGUUGGACAACAAAUUCCGUGAAGUGGUCUGAAGGCGUCUCGUAGAGAUCACUGGACCGCAAUCUGCCUCAAGCGUUGCGCUAGUGGACGACUUUCAUUUCCGAAUUCACGUUUUAACAUCGUGUAUACACUAUAUUCUGCCUGCAUGCUACCUCAUAGACACGAUUCUCGAUGUCUGCUGCACUGAACACUAGGGCCGACACGUCCAAUCAGUCGGCCUUCACACAACCUGACUUGUCAUUAGGGUCUUUUGCCUCCGGGUUCUCAACACCUGCUAGGCCUGGGCGGGUUCCAUCUUCAUCUACAGCAACAUCUUCAGCUCCAUUAUCCACGCCUUCACCCCCGAAUGCUGCUCUCUUCACGAGGAAGCGACUGGAGGAACCCACGUCGGCCUUGAGACGGUUUGGAAGCUUAGAUGAAGGAGAUGAAGGCGAUGUGGACGCGUUGGACACACCAGGGAAAGAGAAGAAAUGGGGAGAUGCAUUAGAAACACCUGCACCAGGUCGGGCCAAACGGACUAGGAGUGCGGGUACCGCGAAAGGUGGCGUAAAUCUCACUCUACGAGACCAAGAAAAGCAUAUUGACAGUCUGAAGAAAGAAAACUUUAAUAUCAAGCUCAAAGUCCACUUCCUCGAAGAACGUCUAGCCCAACUCGCACCAGACCAAAUCGAUGCCGCGCUCAAACAAAAUAUCAACCUCAAGAUUGAAGUUCAACAACGCGGCAUGGAUAUCAAGAAGCUAAAGAAACUUGUCCUAGAGCUGGAACGUGAACUUGAACGUUCACAUCGCGGCCAAGGCGGUUCACAAGCACGUGCACGCGAGUUGGAAGAGAAGCUUGAGGAGAGGGAACGCGAAAUAAGAGAGUUGAGGAGGAGGAGGGCUGUCGGACCAGACGAUGCAGCUUUGCGGGAGUUCGAGACUCGUAAUGCUCAGCUCGAAGAAGAGUUAGAGAAUGCGAGAGGUCUUCUGGAGGAGAACAUGGAGGAGAUGGAACGUCUUCGGGAGAUUGUUGAGCAACGAGGGGACGACGGCGAUAAUCGAAUGCGGAGGCGUAUGGAGGAGCUCGAGGAUGAGAAUGAGGACCUUAGGGUGCGCUUGGGGGAACUAGAGGAAGCUCUGGCUGCUCGGACGGACGAGAAGGAAGACUUGGUUGACGAAGUCGAGACCCUGAAGUUGGAGAUCGAAGAUCUUCAGCGGAGACGGGAGGCAGAGAAUCUGGAACGAAGUCAGAGUCGUGCUCAGGUCAUGGAGGAGAGGGAAGAACGCGAAGCGGUUGAGGAUGGUCUCAAUGCUGUCCGUGACAAACUCGCAGCGGCCCAAAUUGAACUGCAGCAGAAGGAAGACGAGAUUGAGAUGAAGAAUCGGGAGAUUGAUGAACUUAUUGGGGAACAUGAGAGAAUAGUCGACACUGUAAAUGAGCAGUGGAGAGGAGAGGUCGAUGAGGCUAGAGGACAGAUGGAGGAGCUCCGUGAUGCACUCGAGCAGCGUGACGGUGAGUGCAAGGAGCUGCGCAUGACGGUCUCGGACUAUGAGGCAGACGCAGACGACUUGCACAACAAGUUUGAACAUACGCUCGGACAUCUGGAGCGCGAAGCUGAGGAGAAGGACGCCGAGAUCGAGGCUGCCAAUCGGGAAAUCGAGAAACUCGGUCAGCAGGUCUAUGUGCUUGAAGAAGAAAACGAGCGAAUCAAGGAGGACUUUGAGCGAGCGCGCGAAGACGACGCCGUCGAACGGGAACGCUACGAAAGUCUAACAGCGGCGCUCAAGCAGAAAGUCUCCGACCUCAAGGCACAGCUCGAGGAACUUCGCGACCUAUACGAAACUCGAAGUCAGGAAGUUGAGGAUCAUCGUGCAGACCAAGAGGAACUCGCAAAACACAUCGAGAACGUCGUGUCAGAACUCAAGCGCGAACAAUCAACACGAGAACAGCUCGAAGCAGAGCUUGACAGGACCAGAGUCGAGUACGAGGAUGCUCUUCGUCGAGAGAAGCGUGGUCUCGAUGCCAAGGAAUCUGCUCUGCAAUCGACGCUUGAUGAUUUGGCGAGAACCCAAUCGUUACUGACUCAACGAGAAAGCGAUCUGGCUGCGGUACAGAGUGUCCUCCAAACUCUAGAGUCGGAGUCGAAGAAGCUGGGAGAGUCGCAUACUACUGCUCGGUUCUCUCUUCAACUUGAGGUUGAUCGUCUCAAGCGUGAUGUUGAACGUCUGGAGGACGAACUCUCGCGGACCAGGAAGGAGCUGGAUGAUAAAGAUGGGAAGAGUCGAGACCGAGACGGUGUCAUCGACAAGCUUCAUGCUGAGAACCGAGACCUUGCUUCUCAACUUGCUGCUCAAACUCAGGCACGUCUGAAUGUCUCCGAGAAGCUUGACGACACCCAAGCAAGUCUGAAGACUGCUGAGUCUGAGGUGACGACUCUACGUUCGAAGAUCACUGAACUUGAGCAGAGACUAUCCAAGGACCAGAGAACUCUGCUGUCGACCGAGGCUCAAUACAGAGAUCAGUUAACGGAGCGUAACACACUGCUCCUUACUAUCUACCAGUACAUGGACAAGAUCCUUGGAGUCGACAAGACACCGAAGAAGAAUGGUCAAGCGGAGACCAAGCCCUUCACUAACUUCAGCGUCUUCCAUGACAACCUCAUCACUCGACUGAAGGCCCUCAGUCAAAUUCAACUUGACUUUGACAAGCGAGUCAAAGAUGCUGAGUCGAAGUAUGCCGAGAAGCUGAACGACAUGAAGAAACAACUCGAGGCGCGUUGGAAACAGCUUGAUAGGUUUGAGAAUAGUGUGAAGACUCUCGCCGAAGCGAAGCUGCAGUGGAAGAAGAAGAUGGGUGCGAAGGAGGGUGAGAUUGAAGCGUUGAAGGCCACCAACGCGGAGCUUCAAUCAGCCGUCUCCAGCAAGAAAGCUGGACCAGUCGAUCCAAUGGAAAUGCGCUCGCUAACCGUCCGUGCACAGAACGCCGAGCGGCGACUGACCAAUGUGCUCAACCAACUGGCAGCUUCUGAAGAGAAGAUGGCAGCAAUGAACCUAAAGAUCGCAGCCGCUGACAGUAAAUGGGAGGCACGCGUGAAGGAGUACGAAGCGCGGUCCAGGAUUGCUGAGGAGAAGUUGAAGAGGGAGAGGCAGGGCGGCAAGGAACGCGCGUCGGAGCUGGAGACACAGGUCAAGUACGUUGUCGUUUCGACUUUUUAUUUCGUCCCAAUGCUCAUGUUACGAACUUCUACAGGGCGUAUUUGCGCCAGAUCGAGCUAGCACAGAAACGGAUACAGCAACUCAACGAAAUCAUCGAAACCGCUGGACUGAACUCUAAGCCAUCAACGCCCCGGUAACAUUCCUUUCUUCUUUACUAUGACUCCUUCUACGUUCUUCGCAUUCGGGACACUCAUCGCUCAUUGCUCCUUCAUUGUUCAUUCGUUUGUUCAUUCGUUCUCUUGUUUUAUUUUAUUUGUGUUCGAUCUCCAUCGCAUGCUGUCGCGUCGCAUCAAGUUUUCUAUGGGCUACAAUCGUCUAAUAUGUAUACAAUCCGCAUCGAUAUACCUCUCAGUGUAUCUGUACUGCUUUCCAAUCCAUUUUUAAUAGUCUAGCUUCUCCUUCCCGAUCGACUUGGCACGGUACUCAGAAACCUCCCGAGGUCCAACCACCAUCGGCAGCAAUGAC